AUGAAUAUUGAAAUAAGCAACAGCAAUUGUGAUCAAUUUAUUCCUCAUCCGAUUCUCGAUGAUUCAACAAAGACGAUGCGAAUUAUUGCUAAUCCAGUUUAUGACAAAUUAACACUUUCACGUGCAGCUCAGAUUCGAAAGCAUCAUUCAGACAAAUAUUGUUGUAAAUCAGCACAAUUGAAUAGACCAAAAAAUAACAUGAGCGCUACACCGCUCAAAUCAUUGAACAGUGAAGAAGCUUUAGUAACGUCAUUACCAACGAAAGAUAAUUCGAUACGAUUGAAAUCUACACCUGUACGUCAAACAUCAUCACGAUUGUAUCUUUCAACAUCUCCAUUAACUGGUGAAAUAUCUUCAAUAAAUAAUGAGCCACCAUCUACUCGUGUUCAAACUCAUUCAAUUCAAUCAUCAAUAAUAAAAGAUGAUAAACCAUGUACAAAUAAUAAUAAUAAUAAUCAUCAUCACUUUAUUCGUUAUAAAAGUAGUUCUCUUGGUUUUGAAAUACAACGUUAUUCAUCGAAUAAUUGGUUAUGUGUUGAUAUGUUAAGUAAAGAUGCAUGUCAAUCAAAUGAAAGAACAUUUCGUGAAAUGACUGAAAAAAAAGAACGUGAUGAAAUUCUAUCACAUAGUAUUUAUACAUCAGAAUAUUAUUAUAAACGUUGGUUUAAUUUAUUAAAAUCAUAUAAACAAGGUCAUUUAACACAUAGACAAUGGGCUAAACAAAAUUAUCAAUUAUAUUGUUUAAAAACAUAUUAUGAACAAGCAUUUCAACGUGAACAAUAUCGUAUUAAUUUAAAUGCACAAAAUCAACGUCGAAGACGUGCACAAAAUGCAUUUAAUGAAUGGAAAGAAAGUAAAAAUGAAGAAAAUGUCGAACGUUAUCGAAGUCAUUUAAAUACAGCUAAUAGUCAAAAUACAACAGAAAUUAUAUCUGAUAUAUCAAAUCGUUCAUCAUCAUUAAAUAAUCAUACAACUAAUCAAAUGUCAAUAUCACCAAGUACGGACAUUGAACUUGAAGAAUUAUCACAUUAUCGGCAAAUAAAUUCAUCGAAAUCGCCUACAAAUACAUUAUAUAUGUUAGAUAAACAAAGAUGGUCUUUAGGUGCAAUGCUUAAACGUAUUGUUGGACUUGCUGAACCUCUACCACCACCACCAAAAAUAAUUAAUCUUCAUAGUUCACCAUCGAUAAAUCAAAGUAGUGAUAGUGGUUUUGAAUCAGGUCUAUAA